AUGGCUACCGUUUCUAAAAUGUCACGUUUGGGUUGCUGUUUAAUUUGGGGAUUGCUUGCAGACACAGGUAAACCACAUCAUCUGCUCGCCGCGGGCUUAUUUAUUCUUGGAAUUGCCUCUAUUCUUAUUCUUUUCUUGCGCUUCUUCCAUGGCUUUGGAUUCGCCUCCGUCUACCCCGUUCAUCAAAAAAUUGCUGCAAGCAUGAAAAACAAGGAUGAAUCCAGCCUCGUUUUUGGCAUAUUGCAAGGGUUGAGCAGUCUGGGGCGUGUGUUCUGCGCCAUGGUUACAACAAUAAUUGCUCAGAAGGUCUUGCUGGGAUAUAUUGGCUGGCGUACCUCUUACGUUGUACUGGGUUACGUGUGGAUUCUGCUAGCCAUUGCCAUUCUAUUUGGAAUGGAAGGCAAACCAAUCAACGGCUCUAAUGGUGGCCAAAGUGUCUCGUCGUCGAAUGAUUCUUCCCAACCGCAAAUUAGUUCUAGUGAACGUAUCGCAAAGGUAUUUGGUGAAGUCCUUACGGAGCGUACGCCUAAGAUCCUUAUUGUCACUGUGUUCAUCUCUGAGUCGCUCAUGUGCGCACUUUCAUAUAUGAGCAUUUACCUGCAAUACACGGGAGUACCUAAGGUAAUGGCGGGAUUCGCAGUAUCCGUUACAUUGAUCGGCGCUGCUGUAGGAGCUGGGCUCGGCGGUUGGAUUAUAAAGACCAUUGCAGAAUCGUUCGAUAAAUACGGUAUUCUUAGUUGUGGAACCGUAGUGAUGGUAGUCCGAUAUGUUGCGUGUUUGUUGUUCUUUUUAGGCCCAGCGCCAAAUGGGCGUUUGCUUUGGUAUCAUUAUGUAGAGUUGGUAGCUCUAGGGACUUCUCUUUUGACAAUUGGCGCUGUGGACAGGACACUCGUAAAGAAUUCGAUCAAAUCUGAGCUUCAAGCUACCGCAUCCGCUACAAUUCGAACCAUAGCUGGAAUUUGUAGUAGUGUAAUCUUAUAUCAGCUUUCCGCCUACUUGUCUGAAAAAGUGUUCGGCUAUGUGCCCUCUAGGAUGUCGUUUGAAGCGAUGGAUGCGGCUGUUAAAGAAAGAAAUGCCAAUGCGUUAAGGAAAUCAAUGAUGUGCAUUAUUGCAGCAGGCGCGACAAUUAAUCUUGUUUGCUAUGCUGCCUUGUUUUUCACAUACCCAUCCGAAAAGAAAAUUGGGGAACCGAAAAAAGAAGAGGAAAAAUAA